AUAUUCAUCUCUCGAGCUUCGGGCUCGGGCGGAUCAUUGGGCGCUGAGCGCUGAGUACUGAGCCUCCGGGCUCUUGAAUGCACAUGCUGUGCCCCGGAUUUGCUAACCAGGAGGAAGAUCACAGCCGGCUUCAUCGGGCUCGCACAAACCGGGUAGGCGUUCGUUCCACCACGACCAUGUUUACCAGGCCGGCCCUCAGCCGACUGCCUGCUAAAGCCGCCAGGCAGACUGCGCAGCUGCGGCGCGCUUGCGCUCCUGCCCAGAUACGCUCUUUGGCGACCGCUGCUCCACCGUCAUCGAACGACCCGUUUGCGAAUGGGACGAAUACGUACUAUGCAGAGGAAAUGUACAGGCAUUGGAGGCAGGACCCCAAGUCCGUGCACGUUUCGUGGGAUGCCUAUUUCUCGGGCCUCGAAAAAGGACUGGGUCCCAAUGCUUUUACCCCACCACCUCGUCAUCUUCCGGUCCCCUCCGACGGAGCUCCGGCGUUGUACGGUGGUAGCGGUGAAUUGGACGACCAUUUAAAGGCUCAAUUGCUUGUGCGCGCGUACCAAGUGCGCGGUCAUCACGUUGCAGAGUUGGACCCGCUCGGCCUUUUGGACGCUGACCUCGACGACGGAAAGCCUCCAGAGCUCGAGCUUAGCCAUUACGGGUUUACAGAACGCGAUCUUGACAAGCAGAUCACAUUAGGGCCCGGAAUUCUCCCCCACUUUGCCAGCGAGGAUCGAAAGUCAAUGUCCCUGUCCGAAAUCAUCAAAUUGUGCAAACGGAUAUACUGUGGUGCCGUCGGCAUUCAAUAUGUGCACAUUCCGGACAAGGAACAAUGUGACUGGAUCCGAGAACGUAUCGAGAUUCCAAAACCCUGGAACUACACUGUGGAGGAAAAGCGCAUGAUUCUGGACCGAUUGAUUUGGUCCGAAUCUUUCGAGAAGUUCAUGGCUAGCAAAUACCCGAAUGAGAAGCGUUUCGGACUGGAGGGCUGUGAAUCGUUGAUUCCAGGAAUGAAGGCUCUUAUCGACCGCUCUGUUGACCACGGCGUGAAGCAUGUCACCAUCGGCAUGCCCCAUCGUGGGCGUUUGAAUGUUUUGGCCAACGUUAUCCGGAAACCCGUCGAGGCCAUCCUGAACGAAUUUUCGGGUACAGCGGACGAUGAUUCACCAGCGGGAGAUGUCAAAUACCACUUGGGUGCCAACUACGUUCGACCCACUCCAUCCGGAAAGAAGGUUUCGCUAUCUCUCGUUGCCAACCCGUCGCAUUUGGAGGCCGAGGAUCCCGUCGUUCUUGGCAAAACGCGUGCCAUCCAGCACUUCGAGCAGGACGAAGCGUCCCACACCACGGCCCUCGGUAUCUUGCUGCACGGUGAUGCUGCGUUCGCCGGACAGGGCAUUGUCUACGAGACCAUGGGAUUCCACAACUUGGCCAACUACGGCACUGGCGGAACGAUCCACUUGAUUGUCAACAACCAGAUCGGCUUCACCACUGACCCUCGUUUCUCACGCUCCACCCCGUACCCGUCUGACAUUGCCAAGUCCAUCGACGCGCCCAUCUUCCACGUGAACGGUGACAACGUCGAGGCCGUCAACUUUGUCUGCCAGCUCGCUGCGGACUAUCGCGCCAAGUUCAAGAAGGAUGUUGUGAUCGACAUCGUUUGCUACCGCCGUUAUGGACACAACGAGACGGAUCAGCCCAGCUUCACGCAGCCCAGAAUGUACAAGCAGAUCGAGAAGCAGCCGACUCCUCUCACGCAGUACUCUCAGUUCCUCAUUGGCCGCGGCACGUUCACCGAGAAGGACAUCGAGGACCACAAGUCCUGGGUGUGGAGCACUCUGGAGACGGCGGCUGCCGCGGCCAAGGACUACGUUCCCACUGCCCGUGAAUGGCUUUCUGCAUCUUGGGCUGGCUUCCCUUCGCCCAAGAAGCUGGCUGAAGAGACCCUGCCGACGCGCACCACCGGCUCUGACGUCGCCACCCUCAAGCACAUUGGAAAGGUCAUCUCCUCGUACCCGAAUGGAUUUGCUCCCCACCGCAACCUGGCCCGUAUCCUCGCCACCCGCGGCAAGACCGUCGACGAGGGUAACAACAUCGACUGGGCUACAGCCGAGGCGCUCGCCUUUGGAUCUCUUGCUCUCGAGAAGAUUCACGUACGGGUUUCUGGACAAGACGUCGAGCGAGGCACAUUCUCUCAGCGCCACGCGGUGAUCCACGAUCAGGCCAACGAACAGCAGUACAUCCCUCUCAACAACCUUGGCUCCGGCCAGGCUCGCUUUGUUGUGUGCAACUCGUCGUUGUCCGAAUACGGUGCCCUCGGCUUUGAGCUCGGUUACUCUUUGGUCUCCCCCGACUCGCUCGCCAUGUGGGAGGCCCAGUUCGGUGACUUUGCGAACAACGCGCAAUGCAUCAUCGACCAGUUCAUCGCUGCGGGAGAGCGCAAAUGGCUCCAGCGCACUGGCCUGGUGAUGAGCUUACCUCACGGUUAUGACGGACAAGGACCUGAGCACUCCAGCGCCCGUAUUGAACGCUUCUUGCAACUCUGUGACGACCAUCCCAAUGUGUUCCCUACUCCGGAGAAGAUUGAGCGCCAGCACCAGGACUGCAACAUGCAAGUUGUCUACCCCACGACCCCAGCGAACUACUUCCACGUUCUUCGUCGCCAGAUUCACCGGGACUUCCGCAAGCCGUUGAUUGUCUUCUUCUCGAAGAAUCUCUUGCGUCAUCCUAAAGCCCGCUCUGAUCUCGAGGAAAUGGUCGGCGACACGCACUUCCAGCGCUACAUUCCGGACCCACACCCUGAGAACUUGCUCCCUCCCGAGCAAAUCACGCGCCACAUUCUUUGCACCGGUCAGGUCUAUCAGACACUGAUGGCUGCCCGUGAAGAACGCGGACGGAAUGAUGUUGUCAUCAGCCGAAUCGAACAACUGUCUCCGUUCCCUUACGACUUGAUCCAACCACAUCUCGACCAAUACCCGAACGCCAGUUUGCUCUGGUGCCAGGAAGAGCCUCUGAACAACGGUGCUUGGAGCUACGUUGGCCCUAGAAUUUACACUGCUGCAAACAAGACCGAGCACCACAAGGGCAAGUAUCCGUUCUACGCAGGUCGCGAGCCCACCAGCUCUGUCGCCACGGGCAGCAAGAUCCAGCACAAGAAGGAGAUUGAAGCUUUCGUCAACACCGCGUUUGAAGCCUACUUUGACAAGUCCUCGUAAAUAAAUGCAUAACCUGAUACCACAAAUCAGGCCCUUGUUACACGUACAACGUUCUCUAGUAAUAUUGGCUGGAAUGAAUUAUUUAUGUUCCAACGUCCUCGCAAGUUUUGUCUGUUCUAGUCGCGGUGGCCCGAGACCGUGUGCGAGCGAUACAAUACAAUUCAA